UUGUUCCUCCUCCCCUCCCCUCCCCUGCAGAGCAUGCACAGCCCGGGACUCGCAUCGUCGGCUUCGAGGCGGGCGGGCGAGACCCUCCUCCCCGACUAGCCCCGCUCCCGCUGCCCCCGGAGGCGCCCGCGGCUCCCCCUUGCCUCCUCCCUGUCCCCCCGCCGGACUUUUCCCUCCUCCGAGGAUGAGGCGGCCGACGCGGCGGCUGGCGCUGUCUCUGAUGGGGGUGCUCUGGCUCGCCGCCCUCCUCCUCUUCUUCUUCGGGGCGCGGAGGAAGUUGGAGGCGACGGAGCCCGAGGGACACACGCCGGAGGAAUCGGAUGUGGACUGGGACGACCUUUGGGAUCAGUUUGAAGAGCGGAGGUACCUGAGUGCCCGGAGGUGGAAGGGCGGCGAGGACCCGUACCGGCUCCAUGCCUUUAACCAGCGGGAGAGCGAGAGGAUCCCCAGUGACCGUGCUGUCCGUGACACCCGCCAUCACAGGUGUACAACUUUGCACUAUGGCCAGGACCUCCCACCAACCAGUGUCAUCAUCACCUUCCACAACGAGGCCAGAUCAACCCUGCUAAGGACAAUUCGGAGCGUGCUGAACCGCACCCCAGUGCACCUCGUCCAUGAAAUCAUACUAGUGGAUGACUACAGUGAUGAUCCUGAUGACUGCCGCUUGUUGGGACAGCUCCCCAAGGUGAAGUGCUUGCGGAAUGGACGACGAGAAGGUCUGAUCCGGUCCCGAAUCCGAGGGGCAGAUGUGGCAAAAGCAGGUGUCCUGACCUUUCUGGACAGUCACUGUGAGGUGAAUAAGGACUGGCUGCUCCCUCUGCUGCAGAGGAUCAAAGAGGAUCCCACCCGAGUGGUCAGCCCCGUUAUUGACAUCAUCAACUUGGACACUUUUGCUUAUGUGGCGGCUUCCUCAGACCUCAGAGGAGGUUUCGACUGGAGUUUGCAUUUCAAAUGGGAGCAGCUUUCCCCGGAGCAGAAAGCCAAAAGACUUGAUCCCACCGAACCCAUUAAGACACCCAUCAUUGCUGGAGGGCUGUUUGUGAUCGACAAAGCCUGGUUCAACCACCUGGGGAAAUAUGACAGUGCCAUGGACAUCUGGGGUGGGGAGAACUUCGAAAUCUCCUUCCGUGUGUGGAUGUGCGGAGGGAGCCUGGAAAUCAUCCCCUGCAGCCGUGUUGGGCAUGUCUUCCGGAAGAAGCAUCCAUACGUCUUUCCAGAGGGAAAUGCCAAUACAUACAUUAAAAACACCAAGCGCACUGCGGAGGUGUGGAUGGAUGAGUUCAAGCAGUACUACUACGCAGCUCGUCCCGCAGCCCAGGGGAGGCCUUAUGGAAAUGUCCAGAGCAGAGUGGAGCUGCGGAAGAAGUUGAAAUGCCACAGCUUCAAGUGGUACCUGGAAAACGUUUAUCCCGAACUUCGGAUUCCCGAGGAGUCGCUCUAUCAGACUGGGAUGAUCAGGCAAAGACAGAGCUGCCUGGAGUCACACAAGUCUGAAGACCAAGAGCUCCCCAUCCUGAGCUUAAAUCCUUGUAACAGCAGCAAGGGCACAGUACCAAAGGCACAGGAAUGGACAUACACGUACAACCACCAAGUCCGCCAGCAGCAGCUGUGUUUGUCUGUGUACACGCUCUUCCCUGGUUCCCAGGUGCUGCUGUCACCUUGUAAAGAAGGUGACAACAAGCAGCGAUGGGGUAAAGUUGGGUCACACAUUGAACACAUAGCCUCACGCUUCUGUUUGGACACUGAGACGAUUGGGGACACGAAUGAAAGUAUUAAAGAGCUUGUCAUCAACCCUUGUGAGAGCACAGCCAUGAGUCAGCGCUGGGACAUGGUGAUGUCUUGACUUGCUGGAGGAGGUGCACGGCAGGGACGGGCACUGAGACGUUGCUACACGCAGCCAAGAUGCACCAGCUGGAGCUCAAAUGCAAAACCACUGGGGGUCCUUGUGUGCUGUGGGGCAGAAGAAGAAUCGUUUAAAUAAAAAUGGGACACAGCGGUCCAAGUUGAACAACGCAUUUUGACUCUAAGGCAUGCAGCUGGUAUUGGCCUGUUGGCAGUCAUGCAUUCAGAGAGAAGGGAUGGCAAAAAAACAAGCUUGAAAUGUUUUAAAGGGAUGCUGGGGCUCCUGCUAUGGGCUGUAUAGAACUUCAGUGUGCACAGUAUUGGUUAUCCACCUGAAAAUGCAGGUAGAAGAGCCUUGAAGACCAAAAGGAAACUUGGACUGAGCAAAGCAAGCAUCUCAAUAGCUUUUGAGGGUUGAGGUGGGUGCACAAGGUGGGAUGUGCCAAGGGAUGCUAAGAAACAUCUCCAGGGAUCAAGUGGAAAACACUGAAUUAUCUUUGCACUUUUUACUGCUGUGGAUGUUUUUGUCUCUGCAGACAGCAUGGGUGGAGCCGUGUUGCACGUUUGAAUUUGUACCUAAUCCACGUACAUGUUGUGUAUACAGAGGCAGAGCAGUCAUUCAUGUCUGUGGCCAGGAUCAAAACAGCAGGUAGUGGGGGAAUCCUGCUUUGUGCUAACUGCACAUAGGGCUUGUUGAAUCUCCAAAGCCCAAGCAAACAGAGGAUUCAGUGUGUGAGAUUAAAGGAUAUAAACUGCUGUGAAGCUGGGAGGAAACGCAGUAACAUGAUUAUUUCUUCUCUCUGGAGGCCAUGGGUCGCUGAAAACUCCCCUAUAAUCUCUCUGUGUCUCUCUCACUGCUUCAGAUCUGGACUAAAUCAAAUUUUCACUUUUAUUCCAUAAAAGUAAUAUUUUUGGUAAUUGAAGGUAAUUGUGUCAUAUUUCUGUUUCUCAAUUUCCAAACUACAGAAGAGGGGACUGCCAUGAAGUGCUGCUACUGAAGCGAUGGUGAAGGUAAUUAAAAUUAGAAACUGCUCUGAGAAAGGAAAAGGGAUAUUACCUGGUUUUGCUUCCCAGGUAUCUUGUAGUCCAAGAUAUGAAGUACUGAAGAAAAGGUUUGGGAUUCCCCAGUCACACUGUGAGCAGGGAAGUCUGUGUCAUGACAUAGUCUCUUUCAAAGUCAUUUAAUAUAGGCAGACCUGGCAGAAAUUAUUUCUUCAGCUUUUGGAGAUAAGACGUUAACCAGAGGUCGUGGCAGGUGCUAUCAGUAUGUGGGAGUGAGGUGUGACUGCCAAAGGACAAUAGGACAGACGACCUCAGGGUCUUAGGCAUAGAAGACUGGAAGGUUGUUUCUAGCCUGUCUUUCAGGGCAGCUGCCACUACAGCAACAGAUAACAGGCAGUGGAUCUCCAAGAGCUGUGCACACAGCUCUUGUGAAGUAAAAACUCUCAGAGAACUUUCGCAGGACUGUCAAUGCGACUUGAAAAAGAAAAAUAUAGUUUGUGUCUCUAAAAACACUAGGGUUUAAUGAAAAUCCUAUCCUUUUUUUCCUUUGCUGCAAACUGUAGGUAAAACACCAUAAGCUUUAAGCCUUCAAGCACUCUCAGCAUCCCUUCUUGAAUAAAUUGCUGGCUUUCAGGAUUUUACUGCCUCAGUUUCUCCUUCCUCAGUGCUGGGAGAAAGCCAUAUGUGUAAAUCUCCCCGGCUUUAGAGGCAGAACCAGUGUAGCUCUUUAUGUACAAAAGGUCGAAGUGCAACAUGCUUUUCAUGUGCUGCAGUGAUUACUAACCUCAUCAAGCUCCCUUGGUGCACGCCUCAAGGGCCUCUGUUAUGAAAGGGCUGGAGCAAGCUGUCAUUUCAUGGUGGGAGGUGGCAUUGUUUCCAUGCUACCACUUUGCAAAGGAGACGAAGGGAAGCACUUAAAAUGGAAUGGACCCAUUUCAAAAAGAAGGGCAGUGACCUUGGGCUUCUUCUAGUUAAUUGAACGGGGAAAUAUCACACCUACUUCUCACAAUAGUGGUGUCAGGCAAGUGGUAGUAAUUCCCAGUCUAGUGCUUACAAGGGAAAGCACUUCCCAGGAGCUUGAAGUUUAACAGGUUCACACCUGUAGUGCCUACAGCCUGGGACUGCCCAGCUGCUGGCACUUCGAUUCUGAAAAUCUUGGCGUUAGUUUUGAAGUCCAGCACCUGCCAGGUACACUGAGCAGGACCUCAGACCUAUCUAGCUCUACUGUUUUCCAACAAAGCUGAAAAUACCCGUUCUACUGACAGCCAAGCUCUCUAAACAGGUAAUGCUCUUUGCCUUAGCAAAAACAGCUACCUCAUGACUUGUGUGUGUGUGCUUGAGCACAGGGACCCAUGGGUCCUGCAGGGAUGUAUUCUAGGAAGGAAUCGUUUGACCAGCUUUUCAGCUCUCUUGCCUUUUGUGAAACACAAAUGCUGUAUCAAAUCCCUCCUAUUCCAAAACAUGCACUAAAGUGAUCACUGUGAACAUGUUUGGGAGCAAUGGAAGGCAGGUGGUGGGGAGGGCGACAUCAGGAAUGGUGUCCCCUACUAGAGAGUAGCAACUAAGUUCAGCUGAGUGUCUUGCAGGCCCAAAAGCCACCUAACAGACCUGGGUAAAGCAGCCACUUGACAAGCUGGUGAUUGUGUCUCACACAUAUAUCAGCUGUAACCCUUAGGCUACAACUUAUUUCAUGGUCCAAGAAAUGAGAUUAUCCCUAUGGAUCAGCAAUGUUUUCGGAGAAGCCUGAGACUAUCAUCCUAACUCCUGGGAAGGUUUAUAUAAGCUGGCAAUGCUCUGGCAGUCUCCAGAGUGAGCCCCACUAUGGCGUUUAGCAAAUCUGCUUAAUAUCCCUGCAGAUACCUUGCAUCAUGUCAGGGGAAAGGUUAACUGCUGCUGAAAUCCAACGCAUACCUUUAGGUUUAUUUCACUUAUUAAAAUAGACUGAAGACAGGUUUUUGCUUUGUAUUUGUUCCUUGUGUAGGCCUUUAUUUUCAUGCUGUGAACAGAUAAAUGUGACGGAUAGGUAUCUAGAUGGGCUCCCAUGCCAAUACUUUUUAAGCCCUAAUGUCAUUUGGUAGUAAUGCUUUUUGGUAACAUUUUGCACUGCCUUGGAAGAAAAUAAGAUAAAGUAGAAAAUAUGAUUCUAAUCCUGGCUGUCAAGCUUUUUGACAGUCUUUACGAUCUACAGGUAAGUAAUUUCUUGUGCCUUGGAAAAAAUUAGAUUCAGAACAGGAAACUUGGGGCUAGAACUACUACUGGCUUUUAAAGAGCCAACUAAGGCUAUUAAAAAAAAAAAAAAACGCAUCAAAAAGACCCAAAAUAAAAAUUCAAACAAGCACCACCCCUUGCCUCAUGAAGGAGAUCUGUGUUCCACUGAGAAAAAAUGUAUCUGGUUUUAGUUGGGCUGGAGAAGUCUUGCAGUCCUUAUGUUGCUGAUUAUGUGAUUUCCAGGUAUUUUGUAUUCAUCUUCUCUCUGUACCAGUGAGUACCAUAAGAUAACAACAAAAAUCAUCAGUGCUUGGAACCUCAGGUUACAACAUGGCGAGGUAGUAAUUUAAUAGUAAAGAGAUGGAAACUGAAUUCAAAGGUUUUGAUUAUCCAGCAAUGCAACAGGAAAAUAGAUGGAUGGAUACUGGUGGUUCAAGACAAGCAGCAGCCCUGAGUGCUAAUCCCUUCUUCUGCUUCUAGGAGUGGCUUGGGAUAGCUUACUUCAUUUCCUUGCAACAGCUUCCCAAACUUUUAGUGAAGACUGAAUGUUUUGAACAGAGAGAAAGCCAAGGAUUAGUUUCUGUUGCAUGCAAUUCCAGCAGUACUGGACUGGCAGUCUCUAGAGCUAGUAGCUCCAUGAACCCAUUUUAUCUGCCUGAAGAGGGUCUGAUUCAGAUGGAGUUAAUUUUCUUCAUAACAGCCUGUAAUGUCCUGUGUUUUAGACUGGUGAACAAAACGGUGUUGAUAACACACCACAAUGUUUUAGUUAUUGCUGUGCCUGCGCAGUGUCAAGGCCUUCAUCUCUCACCCUGCUGGGUAGCAAGUAGGCUAGGGUUGGGGAAGAGGGUUGAGGGGCAACACAGCUGGGACAGCUGACCCAAACUGACCAAAGACAUCAUACCAAAUAAUGUCACACUCAGCAAUAAAACUGGGGGGAAUUUUACUUUGGGAGGUGUUGCUUAAUGACCUGGCUGAGCAUCAGUCUGCAAGUGGUGAGUGACUACCUUUGCAUCACUUGGUUGUUUUUGUUUUCUUUCAUUUUCCUUCACUUAUUAGAUUGUCUUUAUCUUUACCCACAAGUUUUUCUCAUUUUUGCCCUUCUGAUUCUUUCUCCCAUCCCAUUUGUCAGGGAGUGAGGGAGUGUCUGGGUGGGGGCUUAGCUGCCAGAUGAGAUCAACCCACCACACUGCCGUAAGCAAACCAAGGUCUGUAGUAUAUCAGGAUUCAAGGCUCGGGCUCUGAUCACAACUGUGCAAUAAGUCUGCGCUGCUCAAAUUUCUGAUCGUAAAAGCUUUAGUGAAGAACUGUGGGCUAGGAUUGUUGGUAGAAGUGGUAAAGGAAGGAAAGUGAAGCAGAUUGCACACAAGCAGCAGAAGAAAGUGUAGCUCAUUAAUGUGCUGGCUAAAUUAAUUUUGAAUGAUCAGUCCAGCUCCAGUUUUAAUAUGCAACUGCUUUAGACGGCCAAAGAGUUUAAGAAAGCCUGGUAUGAGUGUCCAGCUUAUGUUGAGACUUAAGUGGAAUUUUCCCAGGUUUAUAGAUGUUUUCCAAAUGUCCACUGUCCUAUUACUUGCUGGAAGUGCCUUCAGAACCCCAUAAAAAUAAAAAGCUGUUGCAAGCUACCACCUCUCCAACUGAGUCUAAUUAAGUUUCAAGUUGAGCUGCAUUUUAGCUUAGAGCUGAUGAAAAGAAACAUGUAAAUUUGCAGGUAAGAAUGCUGCUUUUGUGGUGUAGGGGACUGUUUUGUUUUUUCUGGUAUUACUUGGGCUCUGAAGAAAUCCGAGCUGUUUGAGUGCGAUGUACAAAAGAAAACAUGACUGAGUUUCAAGACUGAGUUUUGCAUGAGCACUCAUCUAGUAAUUAUCUAUCAACUGUCCAUAUCAAUGAGUAAUGUCUCUCAUUUUCCUGUGAUUUAUCUGAAAGAAGUGUCCUGACAAGAUAUUUCUACUGCACAGGGUUAAAUUCAGUUGUAAAACCAACCAACCAAGAAGGAAGAAAAGGAGAAGGAAUGUUCAUAGCUCGUAUGUAACCUGAUACGUGCAAUAAAAGAAAGAUACUGCAAAAUUAGAACUCUUCCCAGGCUGAAAGGUUCAGGUUUAUAACAGCACCAGAGCACAAUCUGCCUAACCCUCAGUUUUCUUACUAAGACCAUGUGCUUCUGCAGUCCUCCUGUGGUCCUUCAGAGAAGUCAUACUUCUGUCAAGUAUUAAACAUGCACUACAUGGUC